AUGUAUUUCUUCAAGUACCCUAUCAAACCACACUCCUGCAAGCAGCCGCGGAGCCCGGCCAACGCUGACGUUGUGGGUCUAGACCUGCCCUCCUACGGGUACACCCUGGUGUACUCCUGUCAGCCGGGUUACUUCCUCUCCGGGGGUUCAGAGCACAGAGUCUGCCGCUCUGACAGCAGCUGGACUGGCAAGGUGCCUGUGUGCAGAGUCGGAUCCAAAUCACAAGAGAAAACUGUCAAACCCGUAAUGGGAAUACCAAGCCCAAAAAUAAAUGUUCCCGAUGAUGUCUUUGCCCCUGAUUUCGUGUGGAAGGGUUCCUAUGACUACAAAGGCCAGAAACAGCCGAUGACUCUGACAGUCACAAGCUUUAAUGCCACAAUGGGGAAAGUCAAUGUAACUUUGACUGACAGUAGCAUGGAGUUUCUGCUCUCUGGAGUGUACAAGCGCCAGGAGGCCCGGCUAAUGCUCCUGCUCUACCAGAUGAGAGCGCUUGCCCACAGCUCCUUGAGCAGGAUUACUGAUGAGACCUGGGCAAUGGACGGAUUUGUUUCAGCUGAGCCUGAGGGUGGCAGCUAUGUGUUCCAAGGCUUCAUACAGGGUAAAGACUACGGACAGUUUGGACUACAGAGACUGGGUUUGAGCGUGAGAGAGAAUGUCACACUCGCUGACCCUGAAACCAGCGGCUCCACCAACAGCAGUUCUGUUGCUGUCGCUAUCCUCGUGCCUUUCUUUGCCCUCAUCUUCGCAGGCCUCGGAUUCUAUCUCUACAAACAGCGGAAAACAGAUAAAGCGCAGUACACAGGAUGUUCUGUCCACGAGAACAACAAUGGACAGGCAACUUUUGAGAAUCCCAUGUACAACACUAACACAAAAGCCGCUGAGGGGAAAGUUGUCCGAUUUGACCCAAAUCUCAACACCAUCUGCACCAUGGUUUGAUGUCUACAGAGUAUGAGAGACGGACAGAAGGGGAGAGAGACACAUAGAGGGAGAAUACAACUUCUCCUUGUUUGCUUAACAUUAAUAUAUCGACAUAUUUAUAUUUUCCCUGUUUCUGAUGGCAUACAACAAAGACAGAGAUUUGCUUCAGAAAUAUAAAGCACACUAUCAGCAAUGCUUGCAGCAUUUGCAAUCGAUCAUAUACAAAAGGUAAAGAACUAAAGAAGAGAGGAAGAAGAGAGGAAGAAGAGAGGAAGAAGAGGUCCCACACCUCCCGGAUCUUCCCGUAGCGCGGAGGAGAGAAGUGUUCUUUACACUCUGUGAGUGUUGGCUUUAUGAAAAAAAGAGCCUCUGGCAUAUAGAUAAAAUAGAGUAUUUUAUGCUCUGUAGUAUAAAUAUAGGGGGGUUACUUCACAAUGCCAAAUGAAAAAUAAAAUUCUUUCCUUACAAGAAAACAGCCCAAAUCUCAACCCUUUUUGUUUUCUUAUCCUCGUCUCAUUUAUCCCAACUAGAGUUAUUUCUUUCUUAUGGAGGUAAGUAGCCUCUCACCUGUGAGUUGAACAAUGUUGUCUUUAAAUUAUUUUUUCCAGGCAGUGAAGUGUGUGUGAGAGGAGAUGAGGAUGAAGAGAAGAAACUGCCUCUCUUUGAAUAGCAUGUGCCAAUACACGAUUAAGAGGUAUAAUGGACCAUAUAACUUUGAACAGACCUCUGUCUGUUCAAAGUUGUAUGGUCCAUUAUACCUCUUAAUUGGACGGCACCUCCUACUGACAACAUUUGUGGCCAGGGAUUUAAUUACCGAAGUGCAGUAUAAUUUUUUGGAGUGUGUUAGGGAAUGCUAGGGCUUUUGUUGUUACAGUGCAGGGUCUCUGACAACAAUAGAGUGCGUUUUGCCCAAGAAAGAUGUAGUAAACAUUAGGGUUUAUUAUCACAUUGUGUGCAAUGAAUUAGUUUUUGCCAGAAAUGUUUGAGUAUGAGAUUACUGCACCUUUCAGUAUAACGGCCCGUCCACACAGCGGCGUUUGAAGUUUCUGCCCAUUCACUUUGAAUGGGGUGACGU